GGAACGGGCAAAAUUCCAGCGAGAAGCCUGUCCUUCGCUGUCGUGAAACAUAAUUUACAACAUUUAUUAAAAUCUUGAAAAUGACGUCGGAGUGGUUUGCUUCCACGGUGGAAGAGAGCUUUGGCGGGAAGCAUGGCGCUGUUUCCGAGGUGCUCUGCGAGCUGCCACCGAAGCUCACCCAGCGAUUAGCAGAUACGCGCCAAGGGAAGCAGCUACAAGCGGCCGCGAAGGAGCUCACUGUGCACGAGAGCGACCUGGCGACGUUCCCGGCGCUGGCAAAGGGCGAGGGCAUGGAGUCGCGGAAACGCCGCUUGCUCGCCCUGCGGACAGCCUCGUCUAAGCUGGAGGCUGCUUUCGAGGCCUUUGGCCGCGACCGGGACCGCGAUGACUUCCAGCGCCUCUGGUACGACUUCCUGCAGCGCCACUCCCCUGAGGCGCUUUUAGGAGGCAGCGGGGCUGGCGCCAGCGCAGGUGCCGUGCCCAACCCGGCGUGCCAAACCCAGUCCGCCAUCCCCACGCUCCUGCUGUCCACCAACGGCGCCAGCCCCGCCGACCGACUCGACUUGUACGGCGCCUUCGCGACCUACCUGCGCGAGCAGCAGGAUGCCUACGUGGCGCUGCUGCGGCCUGAGGACCUGGCGGGCGGCGUGGGCGCCUGCUGGGGCGCGGCACUGGCGCAGCUGAGCGGGCUGGGGCACGACUGCGCCGCGGAGGACGUCAUGGGGCUGGUGGCGUGGUAUGAGCAUGAGACGGGCCGCGCGCAGCCGCAGCAGCCACAGCAGCAGGCGUCCGACGCCGUCGGUCGACAGCCGCUCUCCGCCGCUGCAGCCGCCGCCGUCACACCGGCCAAGGGUGCGAGGACGCCUGCCGGCAAGGGCCGGGGUGGCGGCGGCGGUCGCGGCGCCAAAACGCCUUCCGGCAAGACGCCGGGCCGGGGCGGGCGGGGCGGCCGCGGCCGCGGCCGGGCUGCUGACGCGGACGCUGCUGACGCGGACGUUGCUGACGCCGAUGCUGUUGAGGAGACCGAGGAGGGGGCUGACAAGGAGAACGCGGAUGGGGCCGGGGCUGGAGAUGUGGACGGAGAAGGAGAGGAUGACGGGGGCAUGGCGGUGCGGCUGCGCGCGCGCCGCGCUGCUGCCGCCGGUCCUGCGGCCGCGGAGGCUGAGGCCCGUGCUGCGCGCGAGGCUGCGGCGGCUGCGGAGGCGGCUGCGCGGGCGGCUCGCAACGCGCGGCGCCGCGUGGUGUUGCUGGUGGAGGCGGCAGGGCGGGUGGCGGACCGGUCGGUGCUGCGGGCGCUGCUGGCGGCGCUGCAUGCGGAGCGGCACCGGCUGCCCGUGGUGCUGGUGCUGGGCGUGUCCUGCCCCGCCAGCCUGUACACGGCGCGGCUGCCCGCGGACAUGUCGGGGCUGCUGGCGGUGGCGGCGGCGGAGCUGGCGCCGCAGCCGCAGCAGCUGCACCGUUUGUUCCAGGGGGUGCUGCUGAGCCCUCGCGCCGCCUCGCCCUCCGCGCUGUCGCCCGGCUGCGGCUCCUGCCUGCUGCUGCUGGACGGCGGCUGCAUGCGGCAGCUGCUGCUGCAGUCGCGCCUGCUGGAGCCGUCGCUGGCAGGGCUGCAGGCCGCGCUGCUGGAGGCGCACGAGCAGCACUUCCGCUCCCAGCCGCUGGCCGCCCUGGCACUGCUGCCGCUGCAGCACCAGCAGCAGGCGGAGGAGCGCGCGGCUGCCGCCGCCGCCAAGGCCGCCAAGGCCGCGACGAAGAGCCGGCGCGGCCGCAAGGCCGCCGCAUGCGGCGAUCAAGAUGAGAGCAGCGGCGACAGCAGUGACAGCAGUGCUAGUGACAGUGACAGUGAGUCGUCUGUGUCCGUGCGCUCGGAUGUGGAGGGAGACGGCGGUGACGACUCGGACGCAGAGGGCGUUUCCGUUGAUGACCUGGAUGAAGGCUGGCUGCAGCGGCGGCGGGAGCGGCACAUGCGGCGACUGACAGCGGCGGUGUCGCAGCUGCCGGCGGAGCUACUGCGCGCCGCAGCGGAUGCCUCUGCCAAGGCGGCGGCGGCGGCCGCCGCGGGCGCAGCGGCGCCGCCAGGGGCGGCUGCGGCGGCAGCGGCGCAGCUGGCGCCUGCGGCGCUGCCCAAGGGCGGCAAGGCGCAGGAGGUGGCGGCGGCGGUGGGCGAGGCGUUCAGCGCUCUGACGUCAUGGCGGCUGGGCGUGCACUGGAUGGCGUGUGUGGCGGAGAGGACGGGUGCGUUGCGGCAGGGCGGCGGCGCCGGUCGCUACUCCCUGCCCGCGCUGUAUGUGGCCGCCGCCAGCCCGCGGCUGUGGCGGCCGCCGCCCGCCGCCAUGGCCAUGGGUGCCGGCGGCGCCACAGUGGUGUCGUACGGCGGCGCCGCCGGCUCCGCCUCUGUGGGGGAGCAACUGCUGGCGGGGCUGCUGGGCCCGGGGGCAGGCGGCGCGGCGGCGGGCGGCGGGCGCGGCACGCUGCGGGCCCUGUCCGAGCAGGAGGCGGAUCUGCUGUUGGACGAGCUGGCUGAGGUGGCGGCGGCGGCGCUGGCCGGACCCGGCGCCUGGAUGCCCUCGGCGGCGGCGCUGGCGGCGGCGCGGGGGCUGGCGGCGUUGCGGCGGGCGCACGCGGAGGAGCAGGAGCGGCGGCAGGGGCCGAGGGGCGGCGGCGCGGGAGGCUUGGCGCAGGUGGAGGAGCACGAGGAGGCGGAGGCGGACGAGGUGGAAGAGGCCGAGAAGGAGGGGGCUGGGCCCGACCUGACAUCGCCGGUGCGGCGGCGGCUGGCGGCGCAGGGGCUGACCAGCCCCAACACGGCGCAGAAGCUGCAGCGCCUCACAGACAGGCUGGGCCAUCUGGAUCCGGUACCUGCGCCCAGGGAGCUGCAGUCCAAGGCGCAGGUGGCGCAGCGCAGGGCGGGCGGGGGUGCCACAGCAGCAGGAGGAGGAGGCGGCAUGAAGCUGCCGAGCUCGGGGCAGACGCAAACCAAGCGCCAACGCGACCAGGCGCUCAAGGCCGCGGUGCAGCAGAGCGCCGCCGCGCCCGCCGGAGCCGCCGCCGCCGCCGCGGCCGCCGGCCGCCGGCAGCAGCAGCAGCAGCAGGCUCAGUCCCUGGCGGAGCGCGCGGCGGAGUGGCUGUCGGCCACACUGCGGGUGCUGCUGGGCAGCUGCCCCUUCACCAUGGCGGGCUCCUCCGCCUUCACGUUCCGUGACGCCGCGGCGCUGCAGGUCCGGCUAGUGGGCGCGCCCAGCCUGGUGCUGCACACCGCCCUCACGCAGCCCGAGCUCUUCAUGGGAGGACUGCAGCCGGGUCUGCACCCGGGCCAGGAGGACGCGGCGCUGGCCUACCAGCUGCUGCUGGGCUGCCGCGAGGGGUCGGACCUGAGGGACUGGCUGGCGGACUUCUGUGCGGCCAGCGGGCUGGGCAAGGUGCAGGAGGUGACGGACCCCGCCGCCCAGGACCAGGAGGACGAGGAGGAGGCGGCGGCGGCGGCUGAGGCUGACGGGCCCAUGGGCCGCUCCCGCCACUCCAAGCGCCGAGCCGCGCCGCGGAAGCGCAAGGCGGCGCCCAAGCAGGAGGUGGUGCUGGCGCUGGACGGCCCCGCGGCGGAGGCGGCGGUGGACGCGCUGGCGUGCCGCUUCGAGCAGGCGGCUCGCGAGCUGGAGGCGGUGGGGCUGUGCCGCUUCACCAAGCGGCGCAAAGGCACCUACGUGCAGCGCACCUACUUCCCGCCGGAGGCACUCAUGUGAGCAGCAUCAGCAGGAGGCAGCAGCAGAAGGAGGAGGAGGAGGAGGAGGAGGGGUUGCAAGUACCAGUCCGAACCGAACCAAGGAGGAGGACCACCACGAGGAGCCGAGGACGAUGAAAAGGAGGAGGCGGGCGCCGCUGAUCACCUGGCGCGGGCAUCCGGGCUGCUUGUGUGUGUGUGUGUGUGUGUGUGUGUGUGUGUGUGUGUUAAUAAACUAAACGAAAGCCCGCCCAAUGUGUGCGUGUGUGUAUGUGUGUAUCGGUGUGCGCUGUCGGUGUGUGCGGUGUCAAGGCUGGGCUGUCAAGGCGCGCGCCGCGGUGGUCGUGUGGGUGGUUUGUGGGGCUCGGAGCGGUUGGCAGUGAUAAUUGAUUUAUUGCGCCGUGCACAGGCCUUCUGGGUAUCGACAGGAGAGGGAUGUGGUUUCCUGGAGAAUUCACGCCGCAUUACGGAAGCGGUGCACAUCGUCUACCGGUCUUCCUCGUCCUGCAUGUCCCCAAGGGUUGCAGGUGGUCGAGUGGUGGGCACUAGGCAGGUGGCGUGGGCGCAGCCGGCAGCUCGGCAAGGGACUGCAUGGUGGCAUAAAGGUGGCGUGCGUGGCGUGCAGUGAGUACAGACGGCGGCCUCGCAAGGCAGGAGCAGCGACAGCGGUCAGCCUGUGUGCAGGAGUGUUGUGUGCAUUAGAGACAUUGCUGCUGCUGGGCUACAGUAUCAAAGCGGUGCACUGAGUGCCACCGCUGGUUCGGAAGAAAACGCUGCCCACAAGAGGCGUAUGAUGCAACAGACUGGGGGGCCAGAUAGACGGGCGCACAAUCCGGCUUCAUGAAAUUCCUACUGCACCGCUGGCAAUCUAGGCAAACAGGCGGUAGGAGGCUGUGCAAACGGAUAGCCCAUAUGUAACACCGUGAUACAAUGUAUUUACAAAGCCCAGCGGGCGUAGCAAAGUCUUCACUAGGGUAGUUGCUGCCUUGCUGGCUGACAAGGAAGGUCAGGUGUAAGCGGGUUGAGCGAAAGGCAUCUCCGGUGAUGGGGUGGUUUGAGAGAGGCGUCUUGCGAGUACGCAGAACGUUAGGAAUCUGCGUGCCGUGCACGCACGCGGCACGUUCCACACAUACAAGAUGUCAGCAUGGUCAACGCUCCUGGUGACUGGUGAAGGCCAGGUACAAGACGUUGGGUUGAGCGAAAGGCAUUGAUGGGGUUGGUUUUUGGCUCAUGGAUGGGACCAGGAAGGACGUGUAGACCGUCUGAGAACGUUUAUGGGGGGGUUGGUUUGAGUUCGGGGAUUCCGAAGUUACUGAGUUUACAGAGGCGGGGUGGGACUGGGUGGGCAUGAUUGCGCAGGUGGCUAACGUUGCGCAAGGGUGCCGCAGGUCCGAACGACACGGACUGUCACUAGUACCCCGCAAAACAAGGCACAACAGGCCUAAAGUCCGCCGACCGUCCUAUCAUACCAGGGGGGGGGUAGUCUCGACUGGGAAAGGCCCCAUGUUCUCAAACGAAAGAGCUUGACGAGAGGACUCCAAAUCCACUUUCAGAGUUUCAAUCAGGGUAGUAAUUGCAAAGUUAUGGGCCCUCAAAGUUCAGGGUCGGUCGUCGGGGUUGGGGGUCCCCAAGGUUUCGUCACGCGGAUGUGGGUGGGACUGCCAGAUUUCGUCUCCGCGCCCUAAACGCCCCUCUAAACGCUCCGACCAAUAGCACAAGCACUAGCAUACAUUAGCAUGCACAUACUAAAGCAUUUGCAUUACGUUUGGCCUCAGGAAAGCGGCCGCAUGUCCGUCCACAUUGGCAUCGUAGUAGCGUAGAGCCCCACUCGAGCGUCUCUCACUGGUGUCAUGGAGACUAUGCGCACUGAUGCUAACUUGUAACGGCCAAGGCUU